AUAUGAUUCCCUUCUUGCAGCAUAUUUUUCUCGAUUAGUGCAUAAUGGAUGGGCUGUAUGCCAUGCGAUGGAUGGAAUGCAAAAGUUUUCACCUUUUUACUAAGAUUCAGAUAGUGUUGACAUCAUUGUGCCUAAGUCGAGCCCUGGUUUGCAGCUUAUCAGUUCAGCUGCAGACCAGCAGCAGUUCAGCUGAGGUUCAGCUCGGCGAUCCAUGGCUCCAGUACAUGCGGGGUCAAUGCGGAGAACAGCUGAUGUUCUUCCAUACAUUUAAGCAGUGCAUAUCUCCCUUUUGAUGGAUGUCUCGAUUUUGUAUCUCUACAUUGUCAAAUAACUACUACCAGAUACAGAUACAAUAUUAUUAUCAUCAUGACCAGUGAUACUAUUAUUGACCCCCUCGACCUCCCCAUCUGCACCACCUGCGGCACCCAGUUCUCAACUCCCACGCCGCCAACUCCAUGUCCUAUUUGCGAUGAUCCCCGUCAAUAUCUCCCUCCAACUGGACAAGACUACACAACCCUCCGCGCCCUUCGCGCCCCCACCCACGAACCCCAACUAAAGAACAUCCUCGCCCCGCUCCCCUCCCACCCCAACUCCAACAAGAUCUACACCCUCCACACCACCCCAAAACACUGCAUCGGCCAACGCGCCUUCCUCCUCCUCACCCCCCACGGCAACAUCCUCUGGGACUGCAUCCCCUACCUCGACACCGACACCAUCACCAACAUCAACGCACUAGGCGGUAUCUCCGCGAUCAUCAUUUCCCAUCCGCACUACUACGCCACGCAUUUAGUCUGGGCGGAGGCGUUUAACUGUCCGGUGUAUUUGUCCGGGGAGGAUAGGGAGUGGGUUAUGCGUAAAGAAGAAGAAGAUGAUGAUGAUUCUGGAAAGAAGCAGAGGCAGAUAUUCUGGGACGGUCAAGAGGUAGAAGUCCUCCCCGGCAGCGGGGUGAUCGGAGUCAAAACAGGCGGUCAUUUCCCGGGUAGUUCGGUGCUGUGGUGGAAGGAUGAAAAGGUAAUGUUUUUGGCGGAUACUAUUGGGACGAUUCCUAGUGGGGUGGGGGAUUAUGGGGUUAGGGGGAGGAGGGAGGGUACGGCGUCGUAUACGUUUAUGUGGAGUUAUCCGAAUAUGAUUCCCCUGCCGCCGGAUGAUGUGCAUGGUAUUUGGAAGGCUCUUAAACAUACCGAGUUUGAUCGGGCGUAUGGGGCGUUCAUGGGGAUGGAUACGGUUGGGAAUUGCAAGAAACGGGUGUUGGAUAGUGCGAAGAUCUUUGUCAGGGCUAUGGGGUAUUUGGAUCAUGCGAUUCAUGAGGAGGAAUGUGCAUGAUUGAUUGAUUAUUUGGAUUGGAUUACAUACUUGCAUUACACAGUACAUACUGCAUGGUCUUUAUUGGCGCUUCUGCAUCUGCAUC